CAACCCCAUCACCAUAGCAACAAAUAGCACUGGGAGAAACAACUUAUCUUUGCGAAAUACGCACGCUUUAAGAGCUAAAAAAGCUUUUCUCUUUGUCAUAUAUUUGGUGACUUUAAAGAUUAAAGUCCAUUUUGUUUAACAUGGAAGGCAACACUAAUCCAAACAACCCUAGAAGGGUUUUUAUAAACGACGUGGACGAAUUUUCUUCCAAAAACAUCGCAAAGUUUUUAUCCGCGUGUGAGGCUGGUAAGGAGGAGGAGGAGGAGGAAGAAGAGUCUCCUCAGAGGAAGAAGUCUUUUGAGUUUGACGUCGUGGGAAACGUGAGCUCGUCCUCCUCACGCCAAAAACCAGCGUUUCUGCUCGAACAAUAUGUGUCCCCGACCAGAGAAGAACUUUUCCAGGUUCUGCUGGAGAGUGACGUUGUGGUCUACAACGUUUCAGAAAGCUCUUUGCCCAGGCAGGUGGAGGAAGCAUCAUGGGCUGUUACAGCUCUUCAUGCAGCGUCAGAGAGCUUCAAAGCAGAGAAAAUGUUCAUCUUGGUCUCCUCUGUAAUGGGAUGGGCCACGACUGCACCUAAGGACCCGAGCGAUGAAGACCACCUGCCGUCAGAUGAGGAGUUUUGGAAAAGGAGGCCUCACCCCAGAUUUAAGUCGCACAACACUCUGGAAAAACUUGUGAUUAAGCUGUCUAAAAUGAAGUCCAAGCUGAAAUGUUAUGUCGUCGCUGCUGGUCUUCAGUAUGGAUUUGAGGAGAACAUCUUUCACUACUUUUUUAAGGUGUCUUGGAUGUUGGAGACCCCAGAGGUUCCCGUUUUCGGACAAGGAACAAACCACAUUCCAACAAUUCACGUUUUUGACCUUGGAGGAGUGAUUCAGAACAUCAUUGAACUGAAGCCAAAGGCUAAGUACUUUCUUGCUGUUGAUGAGUCCAAGAACACUUUGGAGGAUAUUGUGAAGACCAUAAGCGAGUUCCUCGGGUCCGGAAGAGUCUGCAGGUUAUUGAUGGAGGAGGCUGUCGCCAUGAAGGCUUUAAAGCCGCAGGAAGUGGACUGUCUUAGUAUUGACCUCCGUCUUGAUGCCGCUAACGUGAACAGCCUCCUUAACCUGAGCUGGAGGUGUCAAAGUGGUCUGGUGCUGAACAUGGAGAGCGUGGUGCAGGAAUUCAAAGACAGCAGACAGCUGCAGCCAAUCAGAAUCUGUGUUCUUGGCCCCCCAGCUGUGGGGAAAACCACAGUCGCUGAGAUGAUCUGCAAACAUUACAAGAUCCAUUACAUCAGCACUGGAAAGGCCAUCGAGGAGAAGAUCUCCCAACUGAAAGAGAUGAUGAGUGGAUCACAGCCUGGAGACUUCAGUGCAGAGGCUACAGCGCAGAAAGAACUGGAGAUGAUAAAACAAAGCAUGGAGAGCAGUCAAGGACAGCUGACAGAAGGUCAAGUUUUUGAGAUUUUGCAAGAGAAGCUGAACUCCAAGCAGUGCAGGAACCAAGGAUUUGUUCUCGACGGAUUUCCAGAGUCCUACAGUCAGGCAGCCAUGCAUUUCUCCACUGAAGAAACGGAAAGUCAGGAGUCACACCUGGAGUCCAGAGCACCUGGAUACAACAAGACCAUCACUCCAGAUUACGUCUUUUCCCUGGAGGCGUCCGAUGACUUCCUGACUGAACGAGUGCGUGCUCUCCCACAGAGCACGGCUGAGGAAGCUCAUCUGGUCCAGGAUGAGUUCCUGUCUCGUCUGUCCGAGUACAGAAAGCUGGAGGAGGCAGAAGAAACGGUGCUGGACUUCUUUGAUCAUUGUGAAAUCCAUCCGGAACACUUAGGAAUAACUCCCCGAAAAUUCCCCCGAUGCAGUUGGACUUCUCUCCGACGUCACGAGCUCAGUGCAGAGGAUCCAGACUACACAGAUGUGAUGAAGAGGAUCACAGAGGUGGUGGGACUUCCCAAGAACUACAGCAGGAGUUACGAGGAGCACAAGGAAGAAGAUCCUCUAAAGAAGGAGGCAGAGAGGAGGCAGACGCUGGCAGCCGAGAGGAGACGCAGGAAGGAGGCCGUUCUGGCUGAGAUGGCUGCUCAGCACGAGGCCUGGCAUAAGAGCAUGCAGGAGGUGCAGCGGCAGGAAAAGGAGCGUCUGGAAGCCCAGGCUCUUCCCCUGAGGAACUACCUGAUGGAGUUUGUGGUGCCGUCCAUCACAGAGGCCAUGUCACAGUGCUGCGUCCUCAAACCAGACGACCCCAUCGAUUUCCUGGCUGAGUUUCUGUUGCAGAACAGAACAGAGUGAGAACACCUGCUGCAACAUUUAUACCAAAGACCUUCAGAGCUUCACUCUAUCCGUCGAAUCCUGUCUUUUGAAAUUUCUGUAAAAAUUUGUCAGAAAUAAACUUGAAAAAGGUGA